AAAUGGAGCGAAGUGAAAGCCAACGAAGAAGGCGAAGAAGGAAAAAAAUUACAUUUUGUCAGCCCGGCACGCAGGAAAUCAGUGUUGGCACCCAUUUUAAGUAAAAUCAAAAAUGGCACUGAUGCUAACAGUGGUAGUGGUGGCGGGAGUGGAGGUGCUGGUUCCGAUACUGAAAAGAAAUCCAAUGGCACCGACAGUACGGGACAUAUUAGUGUGCAGAUAGAACCGGCUAAAAGGGUCAAGCGCCACAGUAUACACGGCAUGAUGGAGGAGGAGAAUUGUAUAAGGCCUCAUCAGGAAAUACGUCAAUUGACAUUGGAAGAAAAGAAAUUUCUGUUGGCGGUAGAACGUGGUGAUAUGGCAGGUACUCGUCGUAUGCUGCAAAAAGCCCAAGAUACCGACAACAUCAAUAUCAAUUGUGUAGAUCCUUUGGGCCGUACCGCUCUGCUAAUGGCCAUUGAUAAUGAAAAUUUAGAAAUGGUCGAACUGUUGAUUAACUAUAAUGUCGAUACUAAAGAUGCUUUACUACAUUCCAUAUCGGAGGAGUUUGUGGAGGCAGUGGAAGUUUUAUUGGAUCAUGAGAAUGUCACCUUUCAUAGUGAGGGAAAUCAUAGUUGGGAAUCUUCAUCGGAGGACACCUCUACCUUUACACCCGAUAUAACACCCUUAAUAUUGGCUGCUCAUCGUGAUAAUUAUGAAAUUAUAAAAAUUUUACUAGAUCGUGGUGCCGUUUUACCCAUGCCUCAUGAUGUGCGCUGUGGCUGUGAUGAAUGUGUUCAAUCUCGUCAAGAAGACUCUUUACGUCAUUCGCGCUCACGCAUUAAUGCCUACCGAGCAUUGGCCAGCCCAAGUCUGAUUGCCUUGUCGUCUAAAGAUCCUAUUUUAACUGCAUUUGAAUUGUCAUGGGAAUUGAGACGUUUAAGUUUUUUGGAACAUGAAUUUAAGAAUGAAUAUCAGGAAUUGCGUAAACAAUGCCAGGAUUUUGCUACAGCUUUACUAGAUCAUACACGUACAUCUCAUGAAUUGGAAAUUUUAUUAAAUCAUGAUCCUACCGGUCCAGUUUAUGAACAUGGUGAACGUAUGCAUUUAAAUCGCUUAAAAUUAGCCAUUAAACUCAGGCAGAAGAAGUUCGUUGCCCAUCCUAAUGUACAGCAACUUUUAGCUAGUAUAUGGUAUGAAGGUUUACCCGGAUUCCGGCGCAAAAAUAUGGCUCUACAAGCAUUGGAUAUAAUAAGAAUAGGUAUGAUGUUUCCCAUAUUCUCAUUGGCUUACAUAUUGGCACCUUACUCUAGUAUUGGACAAACUAUGAGAAAACCUUUUAUAAAAUUUAUAUGUCAUAGUGCCUCAUAUUUUACAUUCUUGUUUUUAUUAAUGCUGGCUUCACAACGUAUUGAGACAUUUAUUGGUGGCUGGUGGUUUUGGUCCGAUUCGAAUUCUAUGGUACAUGAGGAGGAAGAAUUGCCCACCAAAAGAGGAGCUAAACCCACCUUUAUAGAAUGGUUAAUACUAUCAUGGGUUAGUGGUUUAAUAUGGAGCGAAGUGAAACAAUUGUGGGAUGUAGGUUUGCAGGAGUAUUUAAAUGAUAUGUGGAAUGUUAUAGAUUUUGUUACCAAUUCACUGUACGUUGCUACGGUGGCCUUAAGGGUCGUAUCAUUUUUUCAAGUACAAAAAGAAAUGAUAACUAAUCCACAUGCAACCGAUCUACCGCGUGAGCGUUGGGAUACCUGGGAUCCAAUGCUUAUAUCGGAAGGUCUCUUUAGUGCGGCCAACAUUUUCAGUAGCCUCAAAUUGGUUUACAUAUUCUCGGUAAAUCCACAUUUGGGACCACUGCAGGUGUCAUUGUCACGCAUGGUCAUGGAUAUUAUGAAAUUUUUCUUUUUGUAUGUUCUGGUCUUAUUUGCAUUUGGCAGUGGUCUAAAUCAAUUGUUGUGGUAUUAUGCUGAUUUGGAAAAGAAACGCUGUCCUGAGGUUUCACCUCAUAAUGUUUUGAUUAACUUAAAUGGUACCACAGAUCCUAAUGCCUGCAUAGUGUGGCGCAGAUUUUCCAAUCUCUUCGAGACCACACAAACCCUAUUCUGGGCUGUGUUUGGUUUAAUCGAUUUGGAUAGUUUUGAAUUGGAUGGCAUUAAGAUUUUUACCCGUUUCUGGGGCAUGCUUAUGUUUGGCACUUAUUCUGUGAUUAAUAUAGUGGUUUUAUUGAAUCUUUUAAUAGCCAUGAUGAAUCAUUCCUAUCAAUUGAUAUCGGAACGUGCUGAUGUUGAAUGGAAAUUUGCUAGAUCUAAAUUAUGGAUUAGUUACUUUGAAGAGGGUGGCACUUGUCCACCGCCUUUCAAUAUAAUUCCCACGCCAAAAUCAAUAUGGUAUGCAUUUAAAUGGUCUAGGAGAGUGUUCUGUAGUGGUUCCUCGGCAGCCAGAAGAGAACAUCUUAAGACAAUAAGGCGUAAAGCCCAACAGGCAAAUGAUCGUGAUUUUAAAUAUCAGCAAAUAAUGCGAAAUCUAGUUAGACGUUAUGUGACUGUAGAACAACGUAAAGCUGAAUCUCAAGGUGUUACCGAAGAUGAUGUCAAUGAAAUUAAACAAGAUAUUUCGGCAUUCCGCUGUGAACUAGUGGAGAUACUCAAGAACAGUGGCAUGGAUACCAAUGUUACAUCAGGACAAGGGGGAGCUGGUGGUAAAAAGAAUCGUCAAAAAGAACGACGUCUAAUGAAAGGUUUCAACAUAGCACCACCGGGUUCAACCGGUUCCUUGGCUCCGGUGGCCGAAUUCUCCACCUCACUGGAUAAUUUCGAUCAACAACAUGAGAUAUUAACCUCAACACUUUCGAAUCUCUUUCAUCCCUCAACAUUUAUGCAUAAAAAGGCCACUUUUUGUGCCAGUGAUAGCUGUAGUAUGGAAUCACCACCACCAACCACUCUGUCUUCGACUACCACCAUGAAUACAGUGCAGUCGACCAACAAAUACAAUAAGUCCACUUUAAAACCCUAUAACAAACGUAUAGCGGGUCAUAAAAAGAAAUGGGGUACUUUGAUAGAGGCCGCCAAAGUGGGUAAUGUUUCGAAAAUGUUAGGACGUUCCAAGUCCGAGGAUUCUGUUUGUAAUUCUUCGAAUAACUCUUCACCGGUACACGGUCAAGUACGGGUAACAUAUUCACAAAAUUGUGGUGGUUCCAACUACUACAAUCCCAAUGAGGUGCGUCAUCAUAAUUUAUCACAAAAUAAGGAUCAUCUAACACCCAACCAUAUUGUACCGGGUGUGAGUGUAGCAGGUGCCACAGCAGGUACACAUUUCUUUCACACCACUACGGGUCUUACUGCUAUUGCCGCUUUAAAAAAGAAACGUAAAAAGUUUUCAUCUAGUAAAAAUAUUUGUCCUGUCAAUGAAUCUAUCUCAGCUAGUAAUGCCGUGGAUCUUUUAAGCGAUAAGGCUUUAAAGCGUGUCUCUAGCUAUCCAGCAACCGAUGGUAAUGCUCAAAAUAAAGAUGCAACACAUGUGGCUAAGCCGCGUCGUCAUGAACAGACCCAAAGUCAACAUGACUCAGUGGAGACCUCAACAGAAUUUACACUCUCCAAUGAGAUACAACAUUUGGAUCCAUCCAAUACAUCUGUGAAUUCACGCGAACCAUUAAUUAGCAGUAAUUUUGCUUCAACAGGUGUGAUUAAUUAAAGACGUCAAACAUACACACAUACACACACAUUAAGGAAAAUUAAUUUAUGAAUAUGUGAAGAAUCACAAAACAAAUUUAUAUCAAAACAUUAGUCUAAAGUUUAAAACAAAAGGAAUGAAAGACAUACGACAACAAAGCAUUGUAUGGAUGGAAAUGGUAGACUAACGAUCUAUCUAUCGAUCGAUCGAGUUGAUGUUUGAACAUGAUGAUCAUUAUAAACAAAAUAACACAAUAACUAGAAAUGAAAAAUACAAACAAUGCUGCCCAUUUGGAACACUGCCGUUUCCAGACAAAAAAUAAAAUCAAAUAAAAAUUUAUCAAUUAAAAUGAAAUGAAAACACCACAGAACAACAGACAACUAUUUAAACGUAAAUACAUACAUAUAUCAAAAAUAUAUGUGAAAUUAAAUAAAUAAACAAACAAUAAAAUUAUAAUUAAUAUUAUACAUUGAAAACUCACCUUCAUUUGUUUAUCCCUCACUCUUGCUUCCCGAAACACAAACCAUUUGGAUAAAACAAUAACAUUAGAGUGUUGCAAGGUUGUAUGUAGGAAACUCCUAAUAAAUUAUCAAUACAUUCUUUUGAAGCACUCUUCUAUUACAGACAUUCGACUUAAAUUCUAAUCAUAUCCUCUUCCUGGAUUAUAAACAAAUUUUGUUAAACAAAAUUCGCACAUUAACAUUUUAAUAACGAGAAUAACAACAUUUUAUAAACAAAAAACUUUUAAACUUUUAACCACCUAUUAACCAAUCAAACUCUCAUCACCCUAAAUACGUCCAUGUUGAAUUUAAGCACAAUAUUAAAAACAACCCAAAAACUAAGAAAAACGCUAAAAUAUAAUAAUAAUAAUAAUAAUAAUAAUAAUAAUAAAAGUAGUAUAAUUUAUAAUACGCAAUAUUAAAAUACAUUUAUACUCGUCUAACAUUUUGGUACUAAAUAGUAUUAAAUGUUUAACAUAUCACUGAUCAUAUCACAGCGAAUCGUAAAUCAUAUAUACUAUUUAAUAUAACGGUAUUUAUCGCACAAUACAUACAUACAUAUAUACAUACAUAUAUACUCGCAUCAAUCAAAUAGCUAAAAAAUGAAAAAUGCAUGGAACAAAUACUCAAAGAACGCACAACGAAUCAUUUUCAUUCAUGUAUUUUUUUUUAUAUUUUUCUAAACUAAAAUAUCAUUUAAUACUUUCCGAUUCUGGCAAUACUAAUGUUGGAAUAGAUCAACCAUUUUUGUUUGAUUACUGAUCCCGUAAAAACCAUGUCGUCGCUCAUGAUGAUAACAAGUUCGAGUUCAGUUCUAGUUCUAUUUCAGUUCUAGUUUAGUUCCAGUUCAGUUCUAGUUCAGUUCUAGUUCAGUUCCAGUUCAG